AUUUCAUUCAAAAGAAACGAAAUUAAUAUUGAACGUAGAGGGCGUUGUAAGAAAGUUAAGUUGGUAGAACUGAACCAAUAAUAUACCGAAGUGACGUCAUCACUCUUCCGCUUCGGAUCGGUCUUUCGACAAGGCAAGAUGGCAGAUCAGAGCGAACGUGCGUUUCAAAAACAGCCCACGAUCUUUCUUAAUCGUAAGAAAGGUCUGGGACCGAAGAGGAGGAAGCCUAUGAGAUAUAGCCGCAAUGUUGGUCUUGGUUUUAAAACUCCACGUGAGGCCAUUGAAGGUACAUAUAUUGAUAAAAAAUGUCCAUUCACUGGCAAUGUAUCAAUCAGAGGACGCAUUCUCACCGGUGUUGUGCAAAAGAUGAAAAUGCAAAGGACUAUCGUAAUUCGUAGGGAUUAUCUUCAUUAUAUCAGGAAAUAUAACAGAUUCGAGAAACGUCACCGUAAUAUGAGCGUACAUCUCAGUCCAUGCUUCAGAGAUGUAGAAAUUGGUGAUGUAGUUACCAUUGGAGAAUGCAGACCAUUGAGUAAAACGGUAAGAUUUAACGUUUUGAAAGUCUCAAAAGGAACUGGUUCCAAGAAAAGCUUCAAAAAGUUUUAAUUUCCAUCGUCGACUCGAUUAAAAUAGAGUGAUGGAAUGCAACAAAAAACAAAUUAUAAAAGCAGAUAUGUCCAAAAUAUCAAAUUUUGGAAUUGGUUAUGGUACAUAUUAAUUACCAUCUUGAUGUGUAACUUUAAAAAAUAAUAAAAAAGUUUUUAUGAAAACA